CUGACCUUAGUUGUUUAUAUCGAUGUGUUUAACCGUAAGAAUGAUUGUAAAUGGGAUUUAAAAGACGAUAUUUUAGAGUUUGUGCAAUGUUUGGAUACAAGUGUGUAAUUGGAGAAUAUGUUUGGGUGUAUUCAGUGUUCAGUGUUUAGAUAGAUGUGCUUUAACGGAUGAAAUAUAAGUGUUUUAAGCCUUCAAAAGAGAAAGUAGAUUUUUCAACAAGGAAGUUAUUUGCUUCUGAAUAUAAUUCAGUGAUACUUAACAGACGAUGUAGUGAUGACAAUGAAACAAUCAAUCGACCAAAAACAGUAACUCAAAUCGAACGUUUUGGUUUAAUUCAUUAUAUAUUGAACUUCCAUGAGCAUUUGACAUGGCAUCAAAUCAGAUUCAGUGUGAAAUGUGCAGUAAUGAAAAUGCAGUUGGGUAUUGCCAAACUUGUGGAUACGUUGGUGAAACAUGUGUUAAUAUUCACAAGAUAGGAAAGAUAUUUCAAACUCAUACUGUCAUUAUGCAUGAGGCUGUAAAAUUGCAUGAGGAUGGUACUAAAAAUCCAAAUGUCAAAUUACGGGACAUCACAGAAGAAAGAUGUAAGCAGCAUUCGACUGAGAAGGCUAUAUUUCUUUGUAAUAUUCAUGAUUCCAUGAUUUGUGGCCGAUGUCUUCAUUCGGGACAUCGUCCUUGUGGAGAAGAAGUCGUUGACUUGCUGCAUGAGGUAGUUAACAUUGACUGCGAGAAAGUCAACACAAUGAAGUCACUGUUGAUGGAGGUAAACGAUGAGAUUCUGCUUUUGAAAGGUGAAGCAGAACACAGUAAGGAGAAUUGCAAGAAACACGCUGAUAAAUGUGUGCAAGCAUGUCUGGAGUUCGGAAAUAAAAUUAAACAACGUGUAGAUGAAUUGACAAGUGGCAUUAGGGAAGGAAUAAAGGAGAAACAUAACGAAAACUUGACCUCUUAUUCCCAUAUUACUAAAAUGUGUGAUGAGAAAACCAAGUGGUGUCACAAUGAGGAAAGUAAAAUUGAUGAUUUUGUUGACAAUAAUAUGGCUGGACGCUUGUACCUAAUGAGCAGACAUUUUGAGAAAGAGGUUUCGGACGCCAGAACCCACCUCAAAGAAAUCAAACACAAACAUACUUUUAAAGGCUUCGACUUCAAAGAAAACACUGUUAUUCUUAAAUGCCUGUUUGAGGAUUUUGAGGAAGUUUAUGAACAACAUGAAGAAGUUACAGGAAGUGACGAUGGAAAUUCCAACGAUGUUUUCAUAUCACCUGCAAAAAUAAACAAGACCCGGCGGGAGCUCACUGCAGUGUUGAAUCAACUCAAGCAAGACUUAGAUCAAUCAGAAAAGGCAAGGACUGCGCUGUGUGAUGAGCUGAAACAAGUGAAACAAGACAAAGAUAAUUCAGAAAAGAAAAGGAAGAUAUUCGAACAAGAAUUACAGAAAACGAGACAGGACAAAGAGGAAUCUGAAAAGACAAGGAAAGCACUGUGUGAUGAGCUGCAAAAAGUGAAACAAGAUAUUGAUAAUUCAGAAAAGAAAAGGAGGAGUCUCGAACAAGAAUUACUGAAAGCAAAACAGGACAUGGAGAAAGCUAAAAAGGAAAGAGCAGAACUCAAGGCGCAUUGUUCACAAAUCAAAGACAGAAUCAACUGGACUCAACCAACGGGAACUGUUAAUGUCACGGUCGACCUCGGUAUCAUUCACUUAGAAUUCACAUUCCCGGAUGGCAUUCAGACGACGCACCAUCCGUCGCCGGGAAAACCGUAUAAAGGCGGCACAUUCACAGAACACUUGAGAGGCGACCAUUGGGGCGAGCUGCUAUGUAGGAUGUUAAAGGCGGCAUUCAGGAGAGGGUUGAUGUUCAACUUGAGGAAGGAAGGGAAAGUUGUCCUGGAUGGCAUCUCAUUGUAUGAUCGUCCAGUGUAUUACAAAUUUGACGUUACUCCGGCUUACUGUAAAUACAUACUGACAUUGAAAGCGGAGCUGGCAGCCAAAGGCGUCAAAGAGGCGGACAUAGAUCCGACAGAGAACUUGGAAGAGACUUUCACUGUCGAUGGUCCGUAACUUUCAUCAGUCGUAUGUAAUCGAUGGUCUUACUCCGAAUUAUAAUGUCCUUUUUCAUAUGUAUUUUUGUGUUGUAUAUAGCAUGGUAUGCCAGUCUGGAAUCUUUCUCCCUACCACCUUUUUCUUCAUUGUGUCUUUAUGGAGUUUAGUUUCGAGGUUUAUCUGCGCUCGAUGUUGCGCUGAGUUCUGUUUUUUGUACAAAAGGUGUAUAAAUGUUACGUACUGUGAAUGAUUAUUUUUAACCAAAAUGUGUAUUAUUCAGUCCAGUAAAUUUAUCAGGAUAAUUGUUUUGAUUCGUGUGAAGCUAUGUUAUUUUGUUAUAUGAUGUUGUGGGCUAGUUAGGCUUUAUCCUUGUGACUCUUAAAACAUAAACUGUCACUUUGAUGUCAGUUUAAAUUCCACUGUAUGUUACAUAGUAUGUUUGGUACGAGACUACUUUAUGCCAUCGUUCAAUCUUUUCGUCUUAGUCAAUAAUAUUUUGUUCAAGCUAUGUUUUUCUUAAUGGUUAUGUUAAAUUAUAUCUUGUCUUUAACAAAGAACUUUAUAUUAUCAUUUAAUUGUAGAAUGUUAUAAUUGUCCUUGUAGUAUGUGUGUGUAUUUGUUUCAUUUUCAUAUGUUUUAAUGUUAACAAUUAUGAAUACAUAUAACAAAACCCAUUGAUCUUCCCACGAAAAAGACGUUAAUACACACAGAUAUUUCGGAAAUGCUUAGAUUGUCCUGCUUAGAAUGCUCACUUUAAAAAAAAAACGUUUCAUAACUGGAAUACAAUGAAAUAAACAGUCACGUGAGAAGCAGUCAAUACUUCAACUAUGAUCUUGCUCGAAAAUACAAUAUAAAUAAACAUAGCGUCACAAAUCAACACAUAGAUUAUUUACAAAAAUAUUUAAAUAUCAAUACAUGAUGGGUUCAAAUUUCUUUAAAAUGUCAACAAGAAAGGUGUUUACUUGAGGGUCUAGGCCAAAUUUUGAAUGCUUGACCAAAACGUUGUUAAGUUAGGAAGUAAAACUAGUAAAUAAUUUCGGGGUAAAUGUAAAUAAAACGUGACAAACUAGGUUAUACAAAACAAACAUGCUGCUGUGCAGUUAAUUACGAUACAAAUCUAUUGCAGACCAAUUUAAUGAGUUUUUUUUUAUCUUAUCUUACAUUGAACAGUUUUUAUUAUAUAUAAGAAUCAAUUUCAGUCGUAUAAUACCAAUGGUAUUGUAAUCAAUGGGUGUAGAUGUUAUUCAUAAUAUAAUCCUUAAAAGUAGUCGUUGUAAUAAUUUGUUUGUAAAAAUGGAUGUGAAUUAUGAAAAUGCUUUAUAUUACAAUAUAUCAUAUAUGUAUUUAAAAUUAACUUUUUAAUCGGAAAAUAAAGAUGGAUAUAGUUAACAUGUUAAUUUUUCAACUUGACCUUGAAUUUUUAAACAUCUAGUUGUUAUUUUUAAAUAUGUGGUUAAUGUUUCACUUGAUAGAUUCGUAUCGAAUCUGUUUGACAUGUUUCCCUCCCCCUGUUGUUUACAUGCAAAUGUACAUGAAAUUACAAUCGUCCGUUUACCUCCGCUAUAAGGAGUCCAAUACUAAAGGUAUAGGAUUUACUUCUCAAUAAAAAAACAGUUCGUAUCAACGUCGAUAUAAAACUACACUCAUUUUCCUUUGAGGCAACAUUUUGAAACUGGGCGAACUCGAUACUGGUUAGAACAUUUACAACUUUCAUCGGUUUUCGGUUCUUUUAAUAGGAAUUUGAAGUUUAAAAAGGCUAGGUUAUCCCCUCCAAUUUCACCCGUUUGUCGUAUGAUACUCUUGUUGUGUCAGUCUUAAUUAAUUCCAAUCACAUGUGAAUAUUUUAAGAACAAAAGCGGAUCCAGACCUUAAUGUUAAAGGGAAUGUUACUUAGGGGCAAAACCCACAAUCAAGACCCGGAUCAACAACCGGUUGUAUCUGAACAGCAUCACAUGGAUAGUUGAAAGUAGGCGAAACCCCUAACAACUUGAACACGAACGCUAUAUUUACACGUAAUGAAACCGGUUCAUUAAUAAGUAACGAAAAUGCCGUGACGUGUUUCUUCCAAACCGUGUUGAUGUAAUUUUCUAACACACAUACAUGUAAGUUAUCCACAAGUUAACCGGAUUGAUGCUUGAAUAUCUAGUCAUGUCGUACGAGUGGUUUGCUGAUAAACUUGACAGUUUCUCACAUACAACUAUGUUUUGCUCGAUCACAACUUCCUCCGCUUUGAAAACAAUUACUGUACUAAAUUGUACCAUGGAAGUGAAUUUCACAACUUUAAGUAUUAGAUUUAAGCUGUCCUCAUUAUGCUAAACAAAUUCCUAUAAACAGUAUACUCACUUGGUAUAUACCCUGUGACACUUCUCAUGAACACACAAUGCUGUGAAACCCGGCAAAAUGGGCCUUACUGUGACAAUAGUGCAACAAACAGGAGAUGCACAGCAGGACAUUAUCAUCCCAAACAUUCCUUAACAUAGGCGUGUAUGCAUAUCUUGGCAUACUCAGUAUUCAUCUGUAUCGAUUAUAAUAUAAUUACCCAGUAUACAUCUGUAUGGAGAAACAAUAUAAUUACCUUGGAGUGCUAUCAUGGAGAAAUAUCCAAUAUAAAACCUGGGUCAAUUGUUUGGUCAUACAUCAUUCAUUCCAUUCACUGUAUAAGUUUGUUAUAUAUAUAUAUAUAUGUAUCGAUAUUUUUCAUAGACAUUAGUUCACAAAACUCAGGUUCUUCACAUUGUAAUGUAACCAUCCGCUACUUAUAAUAUCGUAUUGUAUGUGAUAUGGUUACCCAGGACGACAACGUCCCUGAAAUGUUGCCAACACCGCCCGGUUUGGCAAUAUAUGCGAUGUCAAUUCCAUACAAAGAAGGCUGGAUUCCAUAAAGGUAUACUUGUUAUUUGCUUGUGAAUACACACUGAGCGUGUUUAGCCGCGAGACCGUCAUACAAUGAAUUGGGAACAAAAUUGUGUCAAUCAACAACAAAGAUGAAGACGACUUUGUAUUUAAACAAAUGGACGUCCUAGCGAUCAAAAAGGUCUUUAUUGGAUCAGUCAACGUUUUGGUGGAAAAUUAGUCUGGAACUACAGCGAUUGGUUGAACUACGUACAUCGUCUUCUUAUAUCUCCAUCGCCAGGCAGGCAUAUCUGCUUAAUGUAGCUUUUCGAUCAUACCUUCAAGCUUGUGAUACAUAUAUACAAAAUGGAUCCUUAAUAAUAUAUGUAGUUGUAUUAUACUAACAGAGGGGAAAACUUGUGAUUGUUGAAAUAUUCUUUGGAUCCUUAAUAAUAUAUGUAGUUGUAUUAUACUAACUGAGGGGAAAACUUGUGAUUGUUGAAAUAUUCUUUAGUAAACUGUUAAGUUUAUAAAUUAUUCGUACAAGAUAAGUAAAAUUAUUUUAACACGCUUGUUAUUCUGGUAUGUUUAGUUAAGCUAUAAGUUGAAAUAUUUAAGUAUUAUUUGAAACCAAUUAAGUAUUAUAUCGGAUAUUGUUAUUACCAGCGAUUUAAAUUUACUUG